AUGAGCGACAUAGACGACCCCACCGUGACGCGCCUGCUCAGCGUAGACGCCGAUUUCACCUUCAGCCAGCUGCACGAGGUGAUCCAGAUUGCCUUCGGAUGGACCAACAGCCACACGUACACCUUCGACGUGAAGCCCCUCCCACCAGAGAACACGAACCGGCCCAUCUUCUUCCGGGACACGCCGCUCAUCCAGCUCUCCGCCUCCGGCGACUCCGACUUCGGCUCCGCCGACGUCGACUUCCCCAUCAAGAAGUCCGCCGAGUACAAACUGCGCGACGUCUACGGCGCGGACGCGUACAAAGGCAAAGUCGAGAUCCAGUACGAGUACGACAUGGGCGACAGCUGGCGGCACAGCAUCGUGCUGCUGGGCGUGGCCGACCCCACCCUGCGCCGCAUCAUGGGCAUCCCGCCCGAGGUGCGCGUCGUCUGUCUGGGCGGCGAGGGCCACCCCGUUGCCGAGGACUCGGGCGGGCCCGGCGGCUGGGACGAGCUGAAGGACUUGUUUAGGAAACCUCGCGCUAAGGAUGAGAGGAAGGAUUGGUAUAAGAAUGGCGGUUGUCUUAAUGGUGAUCCGAAGGGCUUGGAUCCUUAUAGGUGGGAUGUCCUGGAUGUCAACGAUGGGCUUAUGGAGAGCUUUCCUCCGCCGAAGGAGUAG